GUGCGAAUGCCCUAUUACUAGCACUUGUUGAUGCAAGAUAUCGUUUUUUUAUACAUCAACGUGGGAAGUCCAGGAGGAUGUAAUGAUUCGCAAAUCUUUGAAAAGUCCAUCUUAAAAAGGGAACUGGAGAACUGGUCACUUCUGAACACAAUGAGCACAAAUUUAGGAAAUUUUGACAUCCCAGUUGUCAUUCUCGGAGAUUCUGCCUUUCGUUUUUCCAAAUAUUUAAUGAAGCCUUUUCCAUUCAGUUUGGAUAAGACGCCUUCACAAAAAGCUUUCAAUUACCAACUUUCGAAAUCUCGUAGAGUGGUUGCAAAUGCUUUUGGGCAAUUGAAAGCAAGAAAUUUAGGUUUCGCCGGAUCGGAAAAGGAAUUGAUAACAGAAGUGAUAAUGCAAAUUCUAUUAUAAAGGCUUGUUGUGCUUUGCACAACUUUUUAAUAGCAGAAAAUGACCCAGUUACACCUUCUUGGCUUAACGAGCAGCACGCUAAUAAUAUUAGGAGAAGACAACCACAAUCCGUGGACACGCAGAAGCGGAAUCAAUAAGAAAUGCGUUCUGUUCAUAUUUCAGUAAGUUAAUAUCACGUUUAUUUCAGUUCAUGUCUUUUUAUCUUGACGCGAAGUAAAAAAAAACUUUUAGUUUUAAGAAAGGAAAAAGGUACUCUAGAAAAAUGGUAUCACAAUUUCAAAUCCAAGCACUUCAUUUCACAAAAUCUUGCUUUCUAUAUACUUAAAAUCUACUUCAAAAAUGUAAACAAAAUAAUUCAGUGCAAUUCUCAAAACUAAA